AUGAUGAUGACCUUUACAUUUCCUAUCAUGAAGCUGGCUUGUUUGCUGGUAACCGUCGUCUUGGUAUCCACAGUUAUCGGUCGUGGGGUUGACAAGAGGACAAAGGAAGAGAGUAUACUGUUCAUGGAAGACAACCCGGAAAUGAAGCGCAGGAAUGAAGCUGAAGUCAAGACUACACCUAAGGUCACGGCUAAACCUACGGUCUCGUCAGCGUCUACAGUCACGCCUGUAUCUAAUGUCAACAAUAAACCUAAAGUCGUCACUGAACCUAAGGUCACGACUGAAACUGAUUCUACGGCUGAACCCAACGUCAAAACUACCCGUAAACUCACCCUAAACGGGCGCCAUAUCUGUGGCCAGCGACCAGCAAUCAGGUCGAAACGCCAUGCUCCAAAUAGACCAUCUGAUAUUGCCAAAAAUCCAGAUGGCGUGGACAAGGUUUUAGGAGGCAUAAUAACAGCGCCCGGUGAUGUCCCUUGGCAUGUAUCAAUCUAUUCUGAUACAACUUACCUUUGUGGAGGGGCUUUACUCAGUCAGCACUGGAUAGUUACUACUACUAAUUGCGUUGGCUCUCCAUUCAUUGGUAACCUGAGUGUAGUGGUUGGAGAUCGCAUUUUGGAAGCAGACGACCCUGGUGAACAAACGUUUAAUGUAUCGAAUGUUGUGUUACAUCAAAACUAUACUGUGGGUUCCUUUGCUUACGACAUUGCCCUACUAAAAAUUGAACUAGUAAACAACAGUGGCAUUGAGUUCAACAAAUAUGUUCAGCCCAUCUGUCUACCACGGACGGGAGAAGUUGUGUAUCCUGGUGAGAGGCUGGCAAUUUCCGGGUUGGGAAAUAUCUUUGGUGGAAAUACCUCUGUACCACCGUUAACAGUGCUGGAAAAAGGCGAAAUAGAAGGCAUCUCUCAUAAAAGCUGCCAGGAACGGUUGCCUUACAAUUUAAUCGAAUCGAACAUGGAAUGCGCGAACAGGGUUCCUAGUUUCUCUCCGUCGUGUCGUGAUGACCUUGGAGAGGCUACCACCAUGCAACUUGGGGGUUCUCGAGUCCUUAUUGGCCUAGUGACCCCCGUUAGUGGCUGCUCAAAUCUGAUGGAUCCUGUUGUUUUGACUAAAGUUAUUGAUUUCGUUUUGUGGAUUGACAAGAUGACUGUCAUUCACGGAGAUAAAAUCGAUACCAUUCGGUUGGAUGGGAGUAGCUAUUGA